UGGCCGCCGCUUCCCCACCCCCCCAACCAAACCAACGCGCUGCUGCGCCUCGCCUUCCUGUGGCCGCCGCGAGGCCGAGAGCGAUCGAGACGGAGACGGAGGCGGAGACGGCGGAGAGGCUAGUGGAGGAAUCGGCGCCGGCGGCGGGUACGGAGAGGCCGAGGGUUCCCGAGGAGAUGAACGGCCGCGGCGGCGGCGGCGGCGGAGGUGGGGAAGGAGGGGCGGUGGUGGGACCGGGAGGCGAGGAGCAGAUGGAGAUGGAGGAGGACGGCGCCGGCGGCGGCCGCCCGCAGGCUGCGGGGAAGGAGCGGGUGGUGCUUAUGUGGGGGUACCUACCCGGCGUCUCUCCGCAGCGGUCCCCGCUGCUCGGGCCCGUGCCCGUCAGGCUACCCGCGGCGGCGGGCGGCGAUGGGUGGAGGGACGUGUGCGGCGGCGGGUGCGGCUUUGCGAUGGCCAUCUCCGAGUCUGGUAAACUCCUCACUUGGGGUUCUGCUGAUGAUAUGGGCCAAAGCUACGUUACUGCUGGGAAGCAUGAGGAAACUCCAGAAGCUUUUCCACUUCCUAGCGACGUGGCAAUAGUGAGAGCUGAUGCUGGAUGGGCUCAUUGUGUUGCAAUAACUGAUGAAGGUGAUGUCUAUACAUGGGGUUGGAAAGAAUGUGUUCCAACAGGAAGGGUCAUUUCUGACCAAUCUUCAGGUGGAACUUUGGAAAAAGAUGAAAAACAGAGUGCAAUUGCCGCUGAACAAGUGAGCCCCAGGUCGCAGGUGUCUAGGACAAGUAGCGGAGCAGCAUCUGGUCCUUCUGAAAGUAGAGGUACUGAUGAUAGCACAAAAAGACGAAGGUUGUCUUCAACCAAACAUGCACCGGAAAGUUCAACAUCAAGUGAUGAAACCCUUUCAGCACCUCCUUGUGUAGUGACUUUUAAUACUGGAGUGAAAAUAACAGCAGUAGCUGCUGGUGGCCGUCAUACAUUAGCACUAUCAGCUUCAGAUUUAGGCCAAGUAUGGGGUUGGGGCUAUGGAGGAGAAGGGCAAUUAGGCCUGGGUUCUAGAAUCCGGACAGUUUCCUCUCCACAUCCUAUACCGUGCAUUGAAUCAGCAUCAUAUGGCAAAGAUCGACCAGCAGCUAUAAAAGGCAACAAAGCUGCUGAAGCUCAGAUCAGCAAAGUCAUGGGAAAUUGCGUGAAGGCUAUUGCAUGUGGAGGUCGCCACAGUGCUGUAGUAACAGAUUCAGGAGCGGUACUUACAUUCGGAUGGGGACUGUAUGGGCAGUGUGGACAAGGAAACACAGAUGAUGUUUUAAGUCCAACAUGUGUAUCGUCUAUCCUCGGAGUCAAGAUGCAAGACAUUGGUGCAGGAUUAUGGCACACUGUGUGCACAUCCAUAGAUGGCGAUGUCUAUUCCUUCGGAGGCAAUCAGUUCGGGCAGCUGGGCACUGGUUCUGAUCAAGCUGAGACUGUACCAAAACUGGUAGACGCCUCAAGCUUGGAGAAUAAGAAUGCACGAACUGUUUCUUGUGGAGCUCGUCAUAGUGCAAUAAUAACUGAUGAAGGCGAGGUCUUCUGCUGGGGAUGGAAUAAGUACGGACAGCUCGGUCUCGGUGAUUCCAUGGACAGAAACGUGCCUUGCAGUGUUCCUGUCGACGCAUACCACCCACUGAAUGUGUCGUGCGGUUGGUGGCACACCUUGGUGCUCGCGGAGUCCCCUACUUAAAAACCUGACGGCGAAGGAACUCCCGUAGUUGACAAUUUUGUUAGGAGUCUGGUAGGCUUAUCAAGGUGCGGCUGUGCUGCAUUUCGUGUACAUACAUCGCAAUGCAUGCAGAUAUGGUGUAUCCAUUCUUUCCGGUGCGCUCUUCAACGGGCAACGUACACAACCUUGUAUCGCACCGUGUAUAAAGUUUAGUAGGAAUUGCCUGUAAUGCUUGUGCUUGAGAGUGCAUGUGGUCA